CCGAGCCCUCAUCAACCAAUUCCCCACGAUCCCUCUCUUCCCCCAGAAACAAUUGCCCGCAAAAUUAAACCCACCGCCGCCCAACCAUUUUCCUCUAGCUCGAUCUCUGUCCACGAAUUGCAAAGAAGAAGAGACACAGCCACAAUCACAACGGCAAGACUGAGAACAACGAGACUCUGAACCAUCCACCGCCGCCGCCAAUGCAUCAACAACCGGAGCAAAAACCAGUCUUGGCCAUGGCGGAUCAGCAGCCGCCGCUGUCGCUGUCACGGACUUCCUCCUUGGAAGGAUCCGAGAAUGAGAAGCUGAAGGCGCUGAACAAGCGGCUGAUCGACACCGUGACGGACAAGAGGAGGCAGGUGGAGGCCUUGGAGCGGGAGAAGAAAAGCCUGGAAUCCGAGUUGGAGAAGCACGGCGCGGACUGCGUCGUCGGUAGUGGCGAGAGAGCUUGCUCUGAGAUCGAACGGAGCAUCGCGUUCGCGACUCUCAAGGAAAGGGAAGUCGACGUCGAGUCGUUAAAGAGAGAAUCUUGAGCAGGAAGGUGAGAUCGAGUCGCUGAAGGAGGUAAUCGAGAAGUUGACCGGCGAUCUCGGGUCCGGGAGGGAGCGGCUGAGCACGACUUGCAGGGAGAAAGAUAUUAGUGAAGGCGAGCUCUCCGGGAGGGUUGAGGAAGCUGAAGGUUUGAAGGCAAUUGGGAAGUUGAAGGAGUCUGUGAACAUGGUUAUUGAGAUGCACGCACAAACAAGCUCAUCUCGUUUUUUAUUGCCAUCCCACCAAAGCAAGCUGGUCCUGGCAAAGUAAUCAACUUGGCAUCGGUGGAUAUUGGACUGUCGUGGAACUUCAAUGGGAAAGAUGCACGUAGAAGUCGGUCAAGCCAUUCUAAGUCUCCUGGACGUCCUCCUCAUGGUGGUGUUUCUUAUGGUUCAUAUGAUGGACAAAGUCAUUUGCUCUGUGUCAAGGAGACAUAAAAGAGACCCGAGAUCAAUUUCAGGUAAAUAAAUUAUGAGCUGAUUG